AUGGCGGCGGCAUGCGAUGGUGAGGCGGUGGCAGCGGCGCGGGCCCUUUGCGCUUUCUCCCCCUGUGACCGUCGUUUCUUCGCCAUCUCCGGUUCGGAUGGGCGCCUGCGGGUGUGGGAGACGGCCAACAGUCGGUUACAUCACGAGUACGUGCCCUCGGCCCAUCUCAGCGCUGCCUGUACUUGCCUGGCCUGGGCCCCGCCGGGGGGACGGCCGCCCCCCAGUAAGGAUGGUCCCCAGAGGAAAAAACGAAAGUCUGAAGUUGCAGAAGUGGACAAACAGUUAGAUAUCCUGGCUAUUGGUACAGCAGUUGGUAGCAUUUUGUUGUACAGCACAGUAAAAGGAGAACUACAGAGCAAGCUAGAUGGUGGUCAUGACAGUAGAGUAAAUUGUGUGAGAUGGCAUCAAGACAACUGCUGCUUGUAUAGCUGUUCAGAGGACAAACACAUUGUGGAAUGGAACACACAGACCUGCAAAGUGAAGUGCAAGUGGAAAGGCGACAAUGGCAGCGUCACCUCUCUGUGCAUCAGUCCAGAUGGGAAAAUGCUGCUGUCAGCCGGUAGAACUAUAAAACUGUGGGACCUGGAGACCAAAGAAGUCUACAGACAUUUCACAGGCCAUGCUACAUCAGUGUCAUCAUUAAUGUUUACCACAGUGAAACCUAUGAAUGAUAAUAAGCCCUUUGAUGGAAUUACAGGGCUUUAUUUCUUGUCUGGAGCUAUACAUGACCGAUUACUGAGUGUGUGGCAGAUCAGAUCAGAUAGGAAAGAAAAGAACGCUGUCAUGGCUUUCACAGUAACAGAUGAACCAACUUUUAUUGACCUGACCAUAUCAGAAGUCAAAGAAGAGCCUGUGAAGUUAGCAGUUGUGUGCAGAGAUGGGCAGGUGCAUUUAUUUGAGCAUAUCUUAAAUGGUUAUUGCAAAAAACCCUUAACAUCAAACUGUACUAUCCAGAUAGCAACGCCUGGAAAUGAUGAGGACUCCACACCAAAACCUGUUCCUAUUUUAGCAGCUGCAUUUUGCACAGACAAACAGUCUCUGCUGCUUGUGUAUGGAAACACCUUACAGCCCAUCAUAGAGAAAGUGUCUUUGAACACCACUGAAUCCCACGUGUGCUUGAUAAGGGACAUCCAGAAAGUGUUGUCACUUAAAACAGACGUUGCUUUAACGAAGGUAAAGACGCCUGUUGUGAACUCAGACACCAAAGUUCUAGUGCCUGGCAUUCCAGGACACAGCACAACUGUCAAAACUCCAUCCUCAGGGAAGGAGAAAAAGAAGAACAAGAGGAAACCUGGAGAGACAGAGGAAAGCAUUGAAGAGCGCCUAGGAGCACUGGAUAUUGAUGUAAGCAAAGUAAAAACUCCAGGGGGCCUUCCACAGGCAGACAGCUUUGCAGUGCUUUUGGUCCAGGGCUUGGAAAGCAACGAUGCGGAAAUCUUAAAUAGAGUGCUUAACACAAAAAAGGAAACUGUAAUAAAGAACACAGUAGCCAGAAUGCCUAUCCACGCUGUCAUUCCACUGCUGCAUGAGCUUACGAAGAGAUUGCAGGGCAACCCAUACAGUGCCUCACUCAUGGUUCGAUGGCUGAAAUCUGUUUUUAGUCUACAUGCAUCCUACCUUUCUACAUUGCCAGACCUUAUUCCUCAGCUGGGGAUGCUAUACCAGUUAAUGGAGAGCAGAGUCAGAACUUUGCAAAAGCUUUCCCGUCUGCACGGAAGACUCUUCAUUCUUGCCUCCCAGGUUGCAGCCUCAGAAGCGGGUGAGGAUGUAACUGAGGUGAAUCAGACUGCAAAGCUGGUGUAUGAGGAUGAAUCCUCAGAGGAGGAAUGCUCAGACGAUGAGAUGAUUGCAGAUAAAGAGUCUGAUGAAAACUGGGAUGAAGAUGAGGAAAAAGAGGAGCAAUCUGAUGAACAAGAAAUGGCUGUUGAAAAAGAAAUCAAUGGUGAUUCCGAUGGGGAACCAGAAAAUGAAAGUGAAGAAGAAUAGCAACAUGAAAGAAGAACUUUUACCA